AUGGAGAGCUCUGCUAGGGUUCCGGGUUCAAAGGUGUCGACUGGAGAAGAUUCGCGGUUUAGGAGUACGAAGAAGGUCAAAACGAAAUCGUCCAACCCUGAACCUUUAAUCAUAGAGGAUGUUCGUAUGGAAGGUUCUGAUGUUGAAGCUGAAGAAAAUAAAAGUCCGUCCAAAUCCUACAUGGAGAGUCUUCUAUCUAAUGAUGGUGGCAAGGUCUUCACGGAUUUUAAAAGUUUGAUUCAUGAGAUGGAUUGCCCGGAAGAUGAGUUUUAUAAGGAUCAAGAUUUGCUAGAGGGAGAUUCUGCGGAGCUUGACCCAUGCCCUAAAAUUCAUGUUACUCAAGAAGAGUUUGAAGAAUGGUGUGCACCAUGGAAAAAUUCUUUGGUUAUCAAUGUUCUUGGUAAACGAGUGGCAUACAGAAUGUUAGAAAAUAAGGUUCAAAAGGAGUGGGCCAAGAAUGGAACGGUGAGAUUGGUGGAUAUAUCUCAAGACUUUUAUCUUGUGCAAUUUGCUGCUGAGGAAGACUACAAACAUGCGCUUUUUGAAGGCCCUUGGCUUAUUGUUGAUCAUUAUAUAGUGGUUCAACGGUGGAGACCUUUCUUUACAGUGACGGCAAAACAAACCCGAAAGAUUGCAGCCUGGGUCCGUAUCCCGGGACUUCCAAUUGAACUUUUCAAUGAUCGCUUCCUCUGGAGAGUUGGGAGCAAAUUAGGCACUAUGCUAAAAAUAGACAAACUUACGUCGAUUCAAUCACGUGGACGUUUUGCAAGGAUCUGUGUUGAGAUUGAUCUGCAGAAAAAAUUGGUAGCACAAAUCAACGUGUUAGGACACAUUCUGAAACUCGAAUAUGAAGGUCUCCAUUCGAUCUGUUUUAAUUGCGGUAUAUAUGGUCAUAAACAAGAUCAUUGUCCUCAUUCAAAAAUUAAUGAUGGUUCUGAUGCCAAUAGUAAUCCAGCAGAGAAGCCUAUGGAUAUGGAUAACCAAUUGGAGAAGUCAUUUUCUCAAAAGGUGAAUAAUCAUAUGCCACCAGAAAAAUGA